AUGAAGUGGUUCGCUGGCCUGCUGUGGCCUGCUCUGGCCACCUGCUUCUCCCAUCCCGGUCUGCUGGUCUCAGACUCAGAUAUCAGCCGGCUCCAGGGCAAGAUUGCCGCCCAGCUGGAUCCAUGGACCUCCUGCUGGGACUCUCUGGUCCGAAUGACCACCGCGGAUGUUCCCUACAGCCCGCAGGCCGUCAGCUCCGUCGACCGGGACGCCGAGGGCGACACGGCCGCCAACGCGUAUCUCCUCUGGCAGGACACCGCGGCCGCGUUUGCCCUGGCCUUGAGAUGGAAGGUCGAGGGCAACACGACGUACGCCGACGCCGCGGCGGAGAUCCUCACGGCGUGGGCGGGCAACCUCACCUCCAUCGGCAGCAACGACGACCAGUACCUGGUGGCCGGGCUGCAGGGCCAUGAGCUUGCCAACGCCGCCGAGCUGCUGCGGGACUACGAGCCUUUCCAGGAGAACGGGCUGGCGCAGUUCAUCGAGAUGAUGGAGACCGUCUUCCUGGCGAAGAACAUCUACUUCCUGGAGCAUCUCGACGGCUCCGAACACAACGUCCUGCACUUCUUCGCCAACUGGGAGCUGUCGCAGGUCGCAUCGGUCAUGGCAAUCUCCGUCCUCACCGACAACCAGACCACAUGGGAUUUCGCCGUCGACUAUUUCAAGAACGGCACAGGCAACGGAGCCAUCAACAACGCCAUCACCAACAUCGUCGAGGAACCGGGCACGGGCAACCCCCUGGGACAGGGCCAGGAGGAAGGACGCGACCAAGGCCAUUCCGCCAUGGACUAUGCCCUACUGGGGGUUAUUGGACAACAGGCCUGGAAUCAGGGCGAGGAUCUCUUUGCUUAUAACGACAGUCGGAUUCUUCUGGGAGCCGAAUAUUUCGCUCGGUAUAACCUUGGAUACGACGUCCCCUUCGAGCCGUACACAAACGGAAUCGUCAGCUACACAAACAUCAGCAGCGCCUCGCGUGGCAAUGUGAGAUGGGCCUGGGAGGUGCUCUACAACCACUACGUGAUGAUCAAGGGCCAGGAAGCCCCCUGGACGACCGAGUAUCUGAACGCGACGUACGAGACCUUUGGCGGCUUUGAGCCUGGCUCUGGCUCGUAUGGCGAUCCUUGGGAUUCGGGCUAUUACGAUACCCUCGGCUGGGGCACGAUUCUCUACCAUCUCAACGCGUCUGAUGUUGCUGCUCUGCAGAAUCAGUCUGUUUCCAGCUCUGUCUAUGCGUCUGCAUCUGCAUCAGUUGCGUCUGCAUCUGCAUCAGUUGCCUCUGCUACAUCUACCUCUGCAUUCGUCUCUUCUGCAUCUAGCUCUGCUACACUGGCAGUGGGCAACUAUGCAGCCCAUGGACAUCAUCACACCCACCAUCCCAUCGUCACUGCUCUUCCCGAAACAGACGACUCGUGGGAUGACUGCGGCGAUGAGGACUGGUAG